AUGGCUUCUCAUGCCCUCUUCGACGAGGAUAGCGACCUGCCGCCCGUGGAAGAGCUACCGACGCAAGCGUACUUCAUCAUCAAGCAAGAUGUAACGCUGGACAUCAACUUCCGUGAGAAGCGCAUCGACGGUACGACUGACAUCAUCCUCGUCGUAUUUGACGAUAAGCUCGAACAUGUCGACCUGGAUGCAGCACAAUGCGAUAUCGAUACGAAACAUAUCACCGUCGCAGAGCUACGAGAAGCUCAUGGCAGCAUCGUGGAGGGUCCCAAGCGUCGCACGGGGGCUGAAUACAAUGACCCAUAUGACGCGCUGCGGCCGCCUGAGAACUACAAUUGGACUGCGGAGCAUCAUGAUUUGCGGCGUAUACGUGCAAGGCGUCUUUUCCAAAAUCGAGCCACCGACGUACCCGCUGAAGAUAGAGAAUUCAAAGGUUGCACGCCGGCAUACGGAUCGCUCAAGGGGAAGGUCAUCGACACCGAUGCAAAGGCUGACCUGUCGGAAGAGGACAAACUCCGGGAUAUGACGGUGGUCUGUUCAGGCUUCCUUGUAGAGGAGUCGACGGAUCCCAAGGACGAGCGUAAACGACUCAUGACAUUUGAACCGGAAAAGAAGACGUCAGUCCAGAAGCUCGGGUUCGCGGUCGGUCCUUUUGAGCACGUCGAUGUGUCAUCAGAGUUCCGAUCCGAGGAAGACGAAAUCAAGCUCGGUAUCAGCGCCCUUCGUGUUCACGCUUAUUGCUUGCCUAGGCGGGCGGAGUGGGUUCGCAACACUUGCAUCGCCAUGACGAUGGCCGCAGAUCAUUUCAGCUGGUCAUUCGCCAAGUACCCUUUCGGGAAUUUCAAGCUCAUCUUCCUGGAAGACAUGGUGGAAGAUACAGUAGCACUGCAUUCUAUGGCCUUUGCCAGCAACCGCCUGCUUUACCCCGAAGAUAUUAUCGACACGGAAUUCGACACGACUCGAAAACUGGUGUACACACUCGCUUAUCAAUGGACGGGGAUCAAUAUGAUACCCAAUACGCGAAACGACAUCUGGAUCAGUAUUGGGAUGGCACACUUCAUGACGGAGCUCUUCAUGAAGAGGCUGUGUGGCAACAACGAGCACCGUUUCAGGAUGAAGACAAUGUCUGAUCAUCUGGUGGAGAUUGAUAUCGAAAGACCGUCACUGUACGACCUCGGGUCGAGCCUCCAUCUGGGCGAAUCUGAAAUUGAGUUUAUGCAUUUGAAGUCGUCUCUGGUCUUCUUCAUUCUCGAUAAACGUCUUAACAAGGCGUCAAGCGGGCACAACCUCAUGCGGAUCCUCGCGAAACUCUUGACAAAGGUUCAGAUUGAGAGUAGCGACAAGGCGUCGAUUCUGAAGACGCCCGACUUUCGCACCAGGUGCGAGAAGGCGGCCAAAUGUAGUCUCGAGACCUUUUGGGAUCAGUGGAUAUACGCCAGCGGUGCACCCCGAUUCGACGUCAAGGCACGGUUUAACAAGAAGAGACUCUGUGUGGAGCUGACACUGAAUCAAAUCCAGCAUCAAAUUGUCAAGAAGCCCGAGCUGCAAAAGGCCGACUUUAUGCGCUUGAUCAAGGAGCGACGAAAUCAAACACCACUGGGAGAGGUCCAACCUGUCUUCUCCGGGUCAAUGACAAUUCGUAUCCACGAGGCGGACGGUACACCCUAUGAGCAUAUCAUCGAGAUCAAAGAAGAUGCAGCUCGGGCGACAAAGUUCGAGAUUCCAUACAACACAAAGUACAAGCGCCUCAAGCGCACGCGGCGCAUGAAAGAGAAGCUCACUGGCGCCGCGGCGAAUGCAGACGCACAAGGCGAGACGGAGCAGGAUGCCUUGACGGUGUCGUUGGGUGACGGUCUGUCAACCCCAGAAGAGCAAGCCAAGUGGGAAAUCAUCGACUGGGAUCCGGAAACGGAGCGGAAGAUGGACCAGGAGUCGUACGAGUGGAUACGCAUAGAUGCGGACUUUGAGUGGGUUGCGGCUAUGAAACACACGCUCGAGCCUUACAUGUACGUCUCACAACUCCAGCAGGACAGGGACGUGGUAGCGCAGCAGGAUGCCAUCUUGUAUCUGGCGACCGGUCCGCUGCACCCUAUUGCGUCUGGAUUCUUGGUGAAGACCAUUAUGGACAGGCGUUACUUCCACGGCAUCCGGACCAUGGCUGCUGCGGCGCUGACGCGCCAGUCCAACAUCAAGGACCUGCCAAUGUUGGGCUUGCGACAGCUGAUACUGGCGUACCGCGACAUGUUCUGCUACGAGAACUCUAAUCAGCCUCGCCCGAACGACUUCUCCGACAAGCAGCAGUAUAAGGUCCGAUGCGCCAUCGUCCAAGCCAUUGCGGAGGUUAGGGAUGCGAACACACACCGGUGUCCGCUGGAUGCGCGCCAAUUUGUGCUUGACCAGUUGCUGUACAACAACAAUGAGAAGAAUCCAAUCUCGGAUCACCAUUGGAUCGCUCUGUUGGUGAAGACCUUGGCGACAUCCAUGAUUCCGUCGAAGAAGGAUGAGUGGGUCGAGCGCCAACGCAAACUCAAGGACGAUGCGGAAGACGGUUUCUUGGAGAAAGCCAUUGAACAGAUUGAGCGUGUGCUCAGGCGAGAUGAGUGGACAUACUCCUACCACAAUAUCUGGACAAUUGCGGGUUUGGACGCGAAGCAGCGGCUGAUGAAGGCUGAGGUGAUUCCCAAGAAUUUACUCGACUUUGCACAUCUGCUUGUCUUGGUGUUGACAACCGAUCGGUCGCCCCAUGUUCGGAGCAAACUCAUUGAAGCCCUCGUCCAGGGGCUCGCUGCAAUUGCUCUUGGCGAGCACGCAAAGCCCGUCGAAAAAGAAGAGUCUUCCAUGGACCUGGACGAUCCGCUGUUGGUCGUGCAGGACAGUGAGAAGGAGAUUGAGGCGCGCCAAGAGAUGUUUGCUCGCAGACAGAACCUGGACUCGGCGCUCACUGCGCUGCGCAAGGAAAUGGACGAAACAUAUGCCAACGACCAGCGUCAUUACCGCACCGCCUUGCGCAAGGCUUUGGAUCACCAAGGCCUGACGCGCACGGAGAUUGAGAGUCUGCUGGACGUGGCGGCUAUGAUGCUUGAGGAGGCUAGUACUUGGAUUUUGACGCUCCAGUUGCCCAAGGCAUGGAAAGCGGAGAGGUCGGCGCAGGCAACACAUGACCGAGACGGAGCCGAAACAAUCAAAGCCAGCCUUACUGCCACCACCACCUCUCCCAGCCGUGGAAACACCCGCGCCAGCUCCAUUGGCACGAGCGCCCCUCCCCCACCGCCAAAGCCAGCGAGCUUCAGUGCGCCCAAAGAAGUCUUAGCGCCGGCCAAACCAGUCAAGCUACCAACUGGCUCUGCGCCCAAGCGACCAUUUGAUGAUUCCGACGAUGACGAGCCCAUGGCUGCGAAGCGUACCAAGACUAGCACACCUCAACCCAUCAUCCCGUCCGCUCCUGGGCGCAAGCGCAAAAUGAUUACCUUGAAGACGAAGAAUCCCGGGCGUCUGGCAGUGAUUUUGGGACAGAAACCGUCGGCCCCUAGAAGGACUUCGCUGCCAGGCAUGGCACCUAAGAAGGAAAAGGAACCCACCCCUGAAGGCGUUAGUGCGGGGAUCCCACCAAAACACAAUCGAAAGCCCCUACCCAUAGGAGGAGUAACUGGCGAUUCUGCGAGGAAACCUCUACCCGGCUCUGGGGAUCCUGUUCGCAAGCCCUUGCCUGCAGGCGGGGCGUCGAUGUCACCGCCUCCACCACCACCGGAGAAGAAGUCUAUGAAAAUCAACACCAACACAGCACGCGCAUCACCCAAACCUUUGUCCAAUGGUACGUCGGGGAGCCCAGCGCCAGCCACGCCUCUGAGCGCAAGUGGUCGUCCCAAGAUCAAGAUUGUACGGAAGUCGACCAAUCCAGCAAACGGCGGAUCGUCUCAGUCACCGCCUGCGCCUUAG